CGCUAUCUCAAUCGGGUAUCAAACAACUGAAAAGAAAUGUGCCAGCGUACUUGGCUCCUUGGAGGACUUCUCCAUGUGUCUCCAGGUCCUUCAAAUCAGGGCUCAUGCCAAAUGUAGCCAGUGAUGGGGUUGUCUGUGCCCCGCUUCAAACAUUCACCGAAGAGGAGACGAUGCUGAAAAACAUGGUGUCAAAAUUUGCUCAGGAACAAGUUGCACCUUUGGUGCAAAAAAUGGAUGAGAACUCGAAAAUGGAAGACUCUGUAAUACAGGGAUUGUUUGAACAAGGGCUGAUGACUAUUGAGCUUGGGGAAGAAUAUGGAGGAACUGGAGCUUCACUUUUCUCAGUCAUAUUGGUGGUAGAAGAACUGGCCAAAGUUGAUCCAGCCGUAUCUCUUCUAUGUGAACUCCAAAAUACACUGACAGUUAGGUUGUUUACCACAUACGGAACAGAAGAACAAAAGAGAACUUACUUGCCCAGAGUUGCUAAAGAUACAAUAGGCAGUUUCUGUCUUUCGGAGGCUGGAUCUGGCAGCGAUGCUUUUUCUUUGAAGACUCGAGCUGAAAAGAAGGGAGACUACUAUAUCAUCAAUGGCUCAAAGAUGUGGAUUAGCUUAGCAGAACAUGCAGGAGUUUUCUUUGUGAUGGCAAACACAGAUCCAUCCUUAGGAUACAGGGGAAUCACGUGCUUCAUAGUAGAUCGUGACACAGAGGGACUACAUGUAGGGAAGAAGGAGGACAAGCUUGGAAUCAGAGCAUCUUCUACCUGCCCAGUAACAUUUGAAAAUGUUAAGGUUCCUGAGACCAAUAUCCUGGGACAGGUUGGACAAGGCUAUAAGUAUGCCAUUUCAAUGCUAAAUACCGGCAGAAUAGGUAUUGCUGCACAGAUGUUGGGACUGGCACAGGGGUGUUUUGACCAUACAAUUCCCUAUACAAAGGAGAGAGUCCAGUUUGGGAAAAGCAUAUUUGAUUUCCAGGGGAUGCAACAUCAGAUAGCUCAGGUGGCCACGCAGCUGGAGGCGGCGAGGUUGCUGACCUACAACGCAGCUCGUCUUGCGGAAACAGGAAGGCCAUUCAUAAAGGAGGCAAGCAUGGCCAAAUACUACACUGCUGAGGUUGCAACACUGACAACUAGUAAAUGUAUUGAAUGGAUGGGUGGUGUUGGAUUCACAAAAAAUUACCCGAUAGAAAAGUACUAUCGUGACUGCAAGAUAGGUACAAUAUAUGAAGGAACUUCAAAUAUCCAGUUGAGCACCAUUGCGAAAAGCUUAGCACAGGAGUACUGAAACCAUAAGGACUAUGUUAAUGGAAAUUAUUUCACGGAACGCUCAUUGUGAAUUACAUAUUUAUUUGUAAUUAU